AAUGAUUCUGAAUUUCUGUACUCAACAAAUCAUGCAGGAGGGACAUAUUGAUCAGAAAGAAAAAAGCUUCAGUUUACAUAAGUAUCAUAGUAGUCACAGGCAAUGGUUAGUUCAGGAUGGCAGACCAGAGGCAACGUUCGCUGUCUACCUCCGGAGAAUCAUUGUACCACGUCCUAGGACUGGACAAGAAUGCCACUUCUGAUGAUAUUAAAAAGUCAUACAGGAAACUUGCAUUGAAAUAUCAUCCUGAUAAGAACCCAGAUAAUCCAGAGGCUGCAGAUAAAUUUAAAGAGAUCAACAAUGCACAUGCAAUAUUGACUGAUGCCACAAAACGAAACAUUUAUGAUAAGUAUGGGUCCUUGGGUCUGUAUGUAGCAGAGCAGUUUGGAGAGGAGAAUGUGAACACAUACUUCGUCCUGUCCAGCUGGUGGGCAAAGGCCCUGUUUGUGUUCUGUGGGCUCAUCACAGGUUGCUACUGCUGUUGCUGUCUGUGUUGCUGCUGUAACUGUUGCUGUGGAAAGUGUAAACCUAAACCUCCUGAAGGCAGUGAACAGGAAUACUAUGUAUCUCCAGAGGACUUGGAGGCACAGUUACAGUCGGACGAAAGGGAGGCUGCAGACACACCCAUUGUGAUACAACCAGCAUCAGCCACAGAGACGACCCAGCUCACAACUGACUCUCACCCCAGCUACCACACUGAUGGAUUUAACUAAGUUAAGGAAAUGCUGAUUGAGAACGGAUAAUUAUAUACAUGGCCAAUUCAACACUAGAAUCAUGAACAUUAGAAAUAGCAAAUGGGGAGGGGGAAAAGGUUUUGCCAGAGUAAGAAGGCAGCCUCCAAUCUGCCGAGAAUAUUUUGUAAUCCCUUGAGCCUUUUGUCACCUUCAGUGUCGUAUCUUGAUGAUACAUGAAGUGCUGUAGCAUGCAGUAUUUAAAGCAGUUUAGCUAUGGUCUUAUUUGUUUUUGUUUUUUGUUUUUAUAGCAUGUAUGGAGUUACGUUAAAUGUCUGUGUUAUGUAUUGAGGAAUUUUCACAAUAAGGUGUGAUGGAGACAUUCUGCAUUUUAAGCAGUAGUACCAGCCUAAAAAAGAUCUUUUAAAGAGUGAGUAAAAUCAGUCACACACAAGUUGCUCUGCUUCCAUACAGUUGAACUGUAAAGAUCUGAGAGUGCGACAAAGGUCUUAAGAUCUUUGUUUUUAGCCCUUCCUGCCUUUCCCAACACCUCUGUCCAAGCAAGUUUACAAUGCAAAGAACCAAAAAAGGCCAAUGUAUGGUAGGAAUUCUUUAAUGCUGAUUUUCAGCAUAAAUAAAACUACCCUGGACAUGCUUCCCUCAUUUGUUUUUGCACUUCAGACAUAAAAUUUUCAGUCAGCUUCUAUUUAUGCAUGAUAUGAGUUCUGAUAGUAUAUGCUAAUGUAGGUUGUGACAAAACCCAAAUGUUACUAGAAAGAUUUUAUGGGCUUCUUUAUUCAUGCAUAAACUGUUGCAGCAUUCCUCUAUGAAGUGUUUAUAAACAGCUAUUGCAGCUUCUUAUUAGUGCAUGACAAUCUUAAAGUGAAGCUGAUUAGUCUGUUUUCAUUAUGCAAAUGAAGAAAACGUAGAAAGUAAACAAAUAGCAUCAAUGGUGGAAAGCAAAUUAGAUUUUUAAAAUUAUCCUUUAAUCAUCUAAAAUGCUAUUAAGACUGCUAGGGACACUUGUUUUUUUUAAAAUGCUCUUAACUUGACAAUGUCCCUUGAACUUUCAUGAACAACUUUUUGGAAUGUGUAAAUGGCUAAGAACAAUGCACCUCAUUUUGUGUUUAUAUUAUAUAAGUUUGCACAUAGUAUUUUGUUUAGAUUUGUUUACUUAAACAUUUUAUUUUUCUUCACAUAAAUUAUUAUGGAAACUACUAAACAGUUUCCUGUACUUUCUUGAAAUCAAAUCAUGUCUAGAUAUUUACAACUUGUGGUUUAAUUUAAGAAUUUUAGGUUUGCUCAGCUGUUACAGAAGCAUUUAUUUUUCAGCUAAAUUGCUGGUAUAUUUUGCUUCUAAUAAAUUUUUCCUCGGAAAAUGUUGAAUAAAGAUUGAGGAGUCACUAGUAAAUAUACACACACACACAUACUCUCUCUUUCAAGCCCAGCAAGGUGACUGAUAACCUUCCAGCCAACAUUCCUUUUGGGAUUCUUCCAUGCUGCUUUUUCACAAGCCAGAGGCGUGAGUUUGGAGAAAGUACUUAGAACUGCUCAAGUGUCACUAGAGGAGAAGAGCCUGGGAACUGAGCUACGGCUUCUUGCCAUAGCAGAGCAAAGCACUACCAUUGGGUUUAACCUAUCAUAGUUUCUUUGUUAUGGAAGAUGGUGGCUUCUGCCUUGUCCAGCUGUACAAAAAAUGUUCAUGCAAAUUUCUUUCACUACAACCUUGCACACAGUGAAAGUAUGAAAUUAUUUAAAAUCUCUGGUUUGGAUUCCUGCCAGACUUUGACACACAAUUCUUUAGCAUUCUCCACACUAAAUCAGGUUUUUUCUAAAAGUAGUUUAUUCACCAUAACUGCCAGGUGUCUGGACGCAAUUGCAUGCAUGUAAGUCUGGGACAGGCAAAAGUGUGUUUUUUUGGCAAUUUUGGAUCUUGCUGCUGUGGUAUCCAAAGGGAAUCUGCAGCACUUAACAGAUUUUAGAUCGCUUAGUCAUUUGAGCCAUUUUCCCUCUGUAGCAUAUGGUUAAGGCUGAUAGUCCUACAAACUUGGAGUUGCUUGAAUGCUAUUACCAGCGUAUCUUGGGCAAACAGUGAUUUACAGCUCUGCUCUUUGUUUUAGUAUUUAGCAUCAGGGAAAAAAAACUUGGUGCAGUCUCGAUCAGUCACAAUCUGAUCUUAGGUCCUUGCUUAACUAAAGACUUGAUUUAACCCCUUUGGAUGGGGAGUAAAUUUCCAGUUGAAAAUUGGGGUCACAAUGGCCUUUUAUAGACUAAUCCUGUACUUAUGUUGUACUCCAGAGAACGUAAAGAGAUAUGUGCAAACUUAAUUCCCUAGAAUCUUACCAGCAAAGCAGCUUUUGUGAUCUGAACAUGUCAGUGAAUUCCACUGGGCAAAAGUUAACUGUACUUUUAGCCACAGAGCUGACAGAAGGUCCUGGUAAAAUGAUGGAAAGACUUACACUUCAGGAUAUUUUUCCUUCCCCGGUUACUGGUCGAGAGCUACUAAUGCAAACAUCAUUUCAUUUGAAUUGUCGCUUAAUGUGAAGAAGUUGUGACUCCUUGUUUCAGGGAUCCAAGUUACUUUUGAUCUUUAGUUUUGAAAUUUCCGAUACUGUUUCUUAGUUUCUGUGGCACUUCAUUUGCAACAGUAAAGUCAUUGGGAUGUUUCAGAGUGAGAGUGAAUGCAGGAGGAGACUUUUAACUCUAGCUUCAAAUUCCAUGGAAGUCAGUUGUAAGAACUCACUGUAUUCUUUGUAAACAGUGUAGGGGUCCUAUGUACUUUUUAAAUACAAGCUAAUCUUAAAACAAUGAAAUUGCCGAAGAUAAGAAAAUGAAAGUUAAAGACGGCACCUCAAUUAUGAUGCUGUUUGGAAAAAGCUAUAUGAGGAUAAAUUUAAGAGUGCACCACAGUGGCAUUGGGGGGAGGGGAAUAGACAAGAUUCAGGCUGGUAACACAUUUAUAUGUACUUCAUAAUCCACUACGGUCCAUAAUGUCCUCUUCCUUAAUGACGUAACAAGACCCAGAUUCAGAAAGUGCUAGCUUCCUUUCAGCGGUUGUGUCCACAUCCAUCUGCUGUAAAUUAGCUGACCAUGCAUCGUUAUAUGUGGUUAUAUUAUAAGAGAUACCAGAAUUCUGAUCUCAGGACCUAAUCCACUCCCUCUCUUACACUGGAAAGAUUUCAGAUAUUACAAAGUAAGAUUUGUUAUAAGAGUCUCAUCCUUGGAUCUUUCCUAACUUCUCAGUUUUUAUAUGAAACAUGGUUAUUUUAGUUGUAGUUUAUUUUAAAAAAAAGAUUGUACUGUAUUAUGUAACCAGAAGACUUGAGUUAUCCAGUCUUUUUAUUCAUCUUUGUUUCAUUUAAAAAGGGGCCCUGUCACUAAACUGUCCACAUUUAUUUUCAAUUGACUCAUAUAUUAUACACAGGCAUCCUGAGCUCUAAAACUACUACAUGCACUUUUAUAGUUACAGAAUAGCCAAGCUUUGUACACACCUCGUGAAUACAGAAUGUGGUGGUAACUAGUGGUUCCUUCGCUAAAAUCUUGCAAUGCUAAGGAGCAGCAAGCAUUUCCAGCUCCAUGGGGCUGCACCAGAAUUGACAUGACAGCUUCACUGGGAGGCUCCAGCAGGCUCCAAAACCUGGAAAAUAAAAAGAGAAGAGAACUUAAAAGGCCAUUGUUACUGACUUGGAUGCAGAAUGUUUCCUUCUAAAUGUUUAACUUAAGCAGCGUUAUUCCAUGUUAAAUGUGUUGCCAGAUUUAACUUGAACUUAAGGUUUUUUAAAAGUUACAUUAAUAAGAGAGAUUUUCUGAGUUUCCUGGGGUCUUUGUUUAGCUUGUUCAGUUGUUCCCGUCUAGCUCAUAAAAUCUAUACAAAGCACUAGCUCCUUUAGUAGAUAGAAACGUAACCAAUUGAUCUCCACAUGCUGGGUGAGAUUUUUGAGACAGCCCAGUUUGGGAUGUACCCUAAUGACUGAUCUUAAGGACCACUGACUUUACACGAAUCCUAGAGAAGAUUAAGUAAACAAAGCUGCUGCUUUCCAUAUGAGUGAAUACUUAAAAUACCAUCCACUUUGCAUAAUGGCAGAACCGCCAUUGAAGUAACUGGUGAUAGAUUUAUUGUGACCCAUUCUUUCUCUGGAAGUAGAAGUCCCCAAACUUCGUCUAGUGCAACAAACGACAAGUGAGAAACUUCACUUGAAGUGACUAAUGGGGCACUGUGCCUGUUAAAUGCCAGUUUAAUUCCAUUGGUAAUGUAUGUAGGAAGUUAACUAUUUAUCUGUAUAUACAUUUGUUUAUGUAAAUGUCUUAAUGGAAUCUGAUGAUAUGUAGACUUCUGCUAAUUCCAUGCAGUGACAUUUUAGAGCCAUAUCUUUAGUCUUAUUUUUGGGUUUGUAACAUUUUUAAACUGCUUUAGAUAUUAGUGCUCAGUGUUUAAAAUAUAUGAUGCUCUUUGAAAUUUAAAUGUGCACAACCUGUUCAGAAGAAUGGCGUUAUUAAUAUGGUACUAGAAGAUGAGACUAAGUGUGGUAGAGAGACUACAGUUUUUAAAACCCAUCCUGUCAGAGCCUGUUUACACUAUAGAUGUAACUAAGCUAGAGAGCUGAUUGAAGUUGGUUUCUGAUCUAUUUUACACAAGGGUCAUUUUAUGUAGUGCGCUGGGACCUGUGUGCCCUUUUAUAGGGCUAGACUUUGAUUAGUAGGCAUGGACACCGGUCCUGAGUGGGGCACCCUGUUUCCAUAACUAGUCCGUGUUCUUCGAAUCUGUCUGAUCCCCUUCAGUGUUCUUGACGUUUCCAAAAACAUUAGGAAAUGUGUCGUGCUGCAGUUUUCCCUGCCCGGUGCAACUGGAUAUUAGCUCAGCUUUUACAAGGGAUCUUUGCUAGGUAAACUGAUAGGCUUCUGCCGCUUUGCAAUGCCUCCAUAUUGCUGGGCAGCCUGUAUUCAUCUCUGGGCGAGAACACCGAAACCCAGCUCCUCUGCAGAUGGUUCUUGUGUGAGGUUGGUAUGAACGGAGCAUGCAUUCCAUUUGAAUGCCACUUCUCCUAUCUCUAGAUGGAGCCUUUUCGUUUGUAGUGUGCCAUUGAGCUUCUCCUACACUUUGAAAGAAAUACCACUGCUGGCUUGGAAAGCUUAAUUUUGUUGGCUAUAUGGGGAAGGGAAAAGUCAGGAAAUCUUGCCAGUGUUCAAGUCCUGUGAGUGCUGAUAUUCUGUUUCACGUGCUGCAUUGGGAGACUUGAGUGUAAUAUAAGUGAAAUUACAAGCCUGAAGUCCUAGUUUCAUUCCAAGAAGGUGCUUUCUCCAAAGUCCUGGCUACAUUAGGGCAGCUGUUUCUCUUACCUGCCACGCCAAACUCCAUAAUUCAGAGACACAAAUUUUCAUUUGAAAGUAAAAUGCCCAUAUUACAUGCACCAUCUUUUUAUUGUGAGAGGGAAAUGAUAGGUAUCAGACGGUUACAUUACAGCUAUGACCUAAAUAGCUUCUUCCCUGCUACAUUUUCACAGCCAACAUUGUGCCCUUUUUGUGGGUGGAUGAUUGUUGAUCAUAUUUUGUGUGCAGCAGUGGCUUCCAAAAGAUUUAAAAACUGAUUUGAAGCUUGUCAGCGGCUAUUUGAUUCUGUCCCAUGAGACUGUGUGAAGCUGGUAUGAGCCCGUUCUUGCUCUUCUUUAAACAAAAGAAAUAAAAGCCAACAAUAGCACAGAGGGUAAGGGCAGUCCUUGGAAUGACUUCAACUUGUGUGGGCUGCUGUGAAGAGCCAUCUUAAAUAUCAGUAUGAUAAUCACUGGAGGUGUAACAAAAUACAUUGCUAUUUUGUGAUUUCGGUGCUGGUUUUGGCUACACUGUGCCCAGUGCAUGGGCAGGGGGUCAAUGUAGUUUGCAAAUCUCAGAGGUCCAAACCUUGUGCUGUACGUAUAGGAUUGCAGGUUCGUGUGCGUGUGUCUGUAUGUGGGCGUGUGUAUAUUUAUACAGCGUAUAUGCACUCAGUUCUUGCUGCUGUCUCUUUGGUGGUGUAACAUGAAAUUUGCCUCAACACUACUCUUAUGAACUCUUGGACAGACAAGCCGAAGAAGUUAGUUUAGUGUGCCCAGAAUCACCACUUCUCCUUUCAACUUCAGGAAAAAAGUAGAUCUGCCAGUGAAUGACAAGUGAAGGAAACGAUGAAGGAUCUUAGGGUAUGAACAGAAUUAGGUCAAGUGUUUAGAAUAAGAAUGUCAUGCCAUACACAUAGGGGGAAUUCUCUGUUUGUCCAUAAAGUCUUCCCUCCUUGCUAGAAUAAUAAGAUGCCUUUGCACUGUCUGGUUCAGUUACCCCAAUUUUUGUUGCUUAUAGACAGAUUGAAUUCAAAAGGGUGUCAUGGAAUUGUUGAUGUUUUGUAAAAUAAAACUAGCUUUUCAAAGCCCCUCUCCCUCCCCAGGGCCAAACUUCAAGUUACCACCAAAUUACUUCUAGUUGUAUUGGUUAGCGAAGGCCAAAUGGCUGUUGCCUGGCACGAUCACAAA